UCCCCAUUUGGGCCUCCGGAGCAAGGAGGGCGCUGCGUGCGCCACACCGAGCCACCUCCCGCGCAGGGAUGGGCUGGGACGAUGGCGCCUCUAAACCGACGGCGAGCGGGGACCCUGGGCGUGGAAGGGAGCGGCACCGCCCGGGCCUCGCCCUUCCUCCUCCUCCUCCUUGCUCGCCGCUCGCCUCUUUUCCAGCCAUGACUCAGCGCUUCUCGCAGGCUGCCAGGCUGGAGACACGGGCUCCUCGCCGGCCCCUCCCGCCGCUUCCACCCCCUCUCUCACACCCACGCCCGCCCUCGGCCGCCGGCCCUUCCCCAGCGCCGCCGCCGCCGCCGCCGCAGUCAGCUCGGGCGUCCCGGCAGCAUCAGCCGCCCGACCCGGCCGGAGCCGACCCCGCGCGCCGCCCG